AUGGCCCCGAUCGAACGCAUCACCCUCUUCAAAAUCCCCAACGAAGAAGACCGCCUCCGCGUCCUCGAGCAAUACAAGGUUCUCGCAAAGACCGCCGUCAAGGACGGAAAACCCUACAUCACCAACGUCGCAGUCGGCCAAUCGUUCCCGGACCCUCGGAACAAGGGCUUCAAUGUGUCGGUGAAGACGACGUUCGCGUCGCUGGAGGACAUGCAGUAUUAUGAUAGCGAGUGCGAGGCGCAUAAAGCGUUAAAGGCGGUUGCGGGGCCGGUCAAGGAGGAUAUUUUGUCGACGUACUUUGAGAGUGUGAUUUGA